UAUUAGUGCGGGCAACAUUAGCGGGCUUACAGUGACAGACUCACACUUGAUCGGAUUUUCUUGCUUUUGCUCCUUGGUCAUGGCGCUGCUCAGAGGGAAACGGCAAUAAAGCCCGGACCUCCUGCCGACCAAGUUUUACGCAAAGAAACUGCGGAGUUUUGGGGUCAAAGUUCGGAGUUUUCACCCUGCAGGUCGGUUCUCUCUGACCGAACCAGGAUGUUUUCACUCUUGUGCGGAUUAUUAUGCUUUUGCGCGCUAAGCGCUCAGCCUGAUGAUGGAAAGCGGUUCAUCUGCCGGGCAGUACCCAUCAGCGGUGAUGUCGGCUGCCCUGUGACAUUACUGCCGGACCUCAGCGUCGGAGGUCAGGAAGAGGAGCUCCGGAACACUGUCAUGCAGCUACGGGAGACGAUUCUCCAACAGAAAGAGACGAUCUCCAAGCAGCUGGGGACCAUCAACGAGCUGACCACCAAGCUGUCCCUCUGCGCCUCGGCCAUUACAGAUAGGAAGUACGGAAAGGGGGCUUCGUGGGGGAAAGAGAAGCAGAACACGAUGGGAGACGUCCCCACAGACCCAAACGACUCCAUAGAUAGCCUGGGGAAAACCAUGCAGGGGCUCAAAGAGCGCCUGGAGAACCUGGAGCAACAGCAAAUGAGGGCCAACUUAUCCGGAGCCUCGUUCCCCAGCGAACUUCGCGACCUGCUUCAGCGUCGGCUCGGGGAGCUGGAGAAACAGCUCCUGAAGAAAGUCAGUAGCCUGGAGGAGGAGAAGAGCCAGCUGUCCAACGCCACGGCCGCUUAUAGGCUGAAGACAGAGAGCACCCUGAACGCACUGGUGGAGAGAAUCAGCGAGCUGGAGAAAGGUGGGGGAGACUUUAAGUCCCCUGAGCAGUUUAAGCUGUCCCUCCCUCAAAGGACCAACUACCUCUAUGGCCGAAUCACCAAAACCUUGCCAGAGAUGUAUGCCUUCACCCUCUGCAUGUGGAUCAAGUCCAGUGCCAGCCCCGGUGUCGGAACACCUUUCUCCUAUGGCGUCCCAGGGCAAGCUAAUGAGAUUGUGCUGAUAGAGUGGGGGAACAACCCAAUCGAGCUGCUCAUUAAUGACAAGGUUGCCCAGCUUCCCCUGGAAGUAAGGGACGGCCAAUGGCACCACAUCUGCAUCUGCUGGACCACACGAGAUGGCCAGUGGGAGGCCUACCAGGACGGGGAGAAACUGGGAACCGGAGACAACCUUGCGGCAUGGCACCCCAUCAAACCUGGAGGAGCCAUCAUCCUGGGGCAGGAGCAGGAUGUGGUAGGCGGGCGUUUCGAUGCUGGACAAGCUUUUGUGGGUGAGCUGAGUCAGGUGAACAUUUGGGACCGUGUCCUGAAGCCCGUGGAGAUCCAGUCGAUGGCAAACUGCAGCUCCUAUCUCGCCGGUAACGUCAUUUCCUGGCUGUCGAGCAAUGUUGAGGUUUUUGGGAGGGGGGCAUUUAAGCGCCCCCUGGAGAUAUGUCAGGAGAGGCUGCCAAAGGUUUAGAGCUUUUUGUUUCUGUCCCUGGUGUUAUUAUUUCCAUCAGCUUAACAAAUGACCGUUUAAGCGACUGACCACUCUUACUGUGAAACCUGUACACUACUCAAAAACAUAAAGGGAACACUCAAAUAACAUAUCCUAGAUCUGAAUGAAUGAAAUAUUCUCAUUGAAUACUUUGUUUUGCACAAAGAUGAAUGUGCUGACAACAAAAUCACACAAAAUCAUCGAUGGAAGUAAAAUCUAUUAACCAAUGGAGGCAAUGGAGUAACAUAAAAAAUGAAAGUGUAAAAACACACUACAGGCUGAUCCAAGUGUGAUCUAAUGUCCUUAAAACAGGUCAAAAUAUGUGUGUAUG